CAUUCUUAUCAUGUUUCGCCAAGGGGUUUCUAUUUUCAAAUAAAACAAACAAUAACAAAACAAUACUUCUAACUACCUUCAGAGAAUUCUGCCCAGAUCUGUUCAUAAUCCAGGAUGCAAUGUAGAACCUGUCUUUCUACGAUGGGGGUUAAAUGUCGUUCAUUGUUCAAAGUUUCUUUAAUUUGUGGAGUGAAACGAAGAUAUUCUGAUUUACUGAUAGAGAUUAUACCAAACCUGAAGUGAUCGGUUAUUUUAGAUUGAAGAAUUUGAUGGGCUACCGGACAAAAUAUGUAAUAAAUGUUGCUUGACAUUAAAACAUUUCAUGAGAUUCCGCCACCAAUGCUUGAAGUCUGAUAAACAGCUCAGAACGAUGCCUUGGAUAGAAACCAACAAAGCGGUAACUACUGUACCAGAAUUAAUACAAGGUAGCAGCACUGGAUCCAACGACAAAUGUAAUGGUAUAAUCAUUGCAAGAACAGCCAGUUUAACAUCUGAUAAUAAUAGUGUCUUACCGCAUAACAAACGUUUUGACGAAGACAACAAACUGGAUAACAAUGAACCUAUCGAACAAGAAUCAUUCACUGUACACGAUGAAAGUAAUCCUACUCAAAAUUUCGAAUGUCGAUACUGUCACAAAGUGCUGAGCACGAGAAAGUCGCUUCGUUGCCACAUGCAACUCCACUCCACAGAGGCAUCUUUUCUUUGCAAUUUUUGUGGUGAACAAUUCAAAACUAAAAUGGCUUACACAGGUCAUAUGGCCAUACACGAUCCAAACAAGUUUCGAUGUGAUGUUUGUGGGAAAAGUUAUCGCCAAGCAGCUUCACUACGUAGUCACCAACUGAACCACAAUCGAGAAAAACCAUUCAGUUGCACAAUUUGUGGUCACGCAACGACCCAGAGAAGUGGGCUUAAAAAGCACAUGCUAACUCAUUCUGAUGCAAAGUCGUAUGUAUGUGACUUAUGCGGAGAGCAUUUCCGAUUUUCCAGUAACCUCAUCAUGCACAAACGGCGAAGACAUUUGCACCAGAAAAACUUCGCAUGUUCUCAAUGUUCCAAAGAAUUCAUAUCCAAAGAUGAGCUGCUCAACCAUUCCAUGUGUCAUUCGAAUGAACGCCCUUUUGAUUGCGGAAUAUGCGGCAAUACUUUCAACCGUAAAAGUUCGCUUAAGUUCCACCAGAAACACAAACACUCCGUCAUGGCUAAAAUAGCGUGCCAGGUAUGCGGCAGGGGAUUCUCUCAAAAAGUGUCAUUGCAGAACCAUCUUCGGAUGCACAUGUUAACAGAUUGAAUAAAUGUGGUAUAAAACAAAUUCACGGUAGAUCAAUUACACACAUUCCUAUCAAGAAAUAUUUGUUUAUUAUCCCGAUCAAACAAUUUUCAUUCCCCUUUUGAGUUCACCAGUAACGACGUCAUUGCGUGUAGCUUUAGGAUGAUAGAGCAUACAUACUUGCGACGGAAAAAUAAAUCAUUUUAUAAUCGGCUUCAUUUAAGAAGAUCCCAAUUGAUUAAUUUCACGACAGCUAUGGAAAAGUACAAAGUACACGAACUGAUUCGGAGGAGUGUCAAGAUAGUAAACACCAAUUAAUCAAAAUUUGACCGAUUUCUCUAUAAGAGUAGCAUUGAUGGCGAAACCAAAAGUAAGCGCGUACGCUGGCAGAGGAAAAGAUACCAGCGAGAACUGUAAAAAGUUCACUAAUGCUGCCGAAACGAGGAGCGGGAUUGUUUUACGUACCUACAUAAUACAAAAUGGUGAACAAUAACUUUUUUUUUCUCUAAUAAACGUUUUCA